UUACUUCACAACAAAAUUAAUCCACACAGAAAAUUGACUCCUAAUCAAACCCAAGAAGAUGAAGUGGCGCCGUUCUCACGCCUCUGUUCCCUGAAGCGCCGCCUCCGCCUCCUUCCGUUUGCCCGUCGGCGUGGGCGCGCCGCAGCCGCACAGCCCCCGUACCGUCUGCCGCCGACGCGCGAUGACGCGGCGCGCCGCCUCCGCCUCAUUCCCUUUGGCCGUCGAAGCCCCCUACCCUUUGCCCGUCCACGCGGCGGCGCCUCUCCUCUCCCUCUGUUAUCGUUGCGUCGCCACCACCCGCUGCGGAUUCUGCAAGUUUCAGUCGCCGCCGCGUCCUCCGUCGCCGCCAUGUUCUCCGUCAGCCGCCGCUGCGGAGCUCCAACGCAAACAAUGAAAGCUUUAGCUCAACAAAGAGAUAAAAAUAUGAAGGUCCUUCAAGAGAAAAUGAAGCUUAAUGAGAAACAAGUAAAACGAUUCAAUCCUAAGGUAGAAGCUCCUGUUGUUGUUAUCACUGGAGCUUCCAGAGGAAUCGGCAAAGCUGUUGCUUUGGCUCUCGGGAAAGCUGGCUGCAAGAUUUUAGUUAAUUAUGCAAGGUCAUCAAGUGAGGCAGAAGAAGUUGGCAAAGAGAUAGAGGCGUCUGGUGGACAGGCUCGUACUUUUGGCGGAGAUGUUUCCAAAGAAGCAGAUGUGGAGUCAAUAAUAAAAACUGCAGUUGAUGCAUGGGGAACUGUAGAUGUUUUGAUCAACAAUGCAAGUAGUAGAAUAGCAGAAUUUCUUCUUGUAUGUGUUUGUAGCUUCAAUAAAGUUAUAAAAACCUUUUAGAAUAGGACGUGUUAACUGUUAAUCCAAACAAGCUUUUGAUUUUGUUGUUCUCUUAAAACUAUAUGUGAAGGGUCAUUUGGUUUGUUAUAUUCCUCCAUUCGGCACUAUGUGUAUGGGUAUUUUGAGAACAUAUUUCAUUUAUGUGAAUGCAUUAGAUGUUUUGACA